CGAUUGAACGGUACGAGAUUACGAGUGUGGCCGGGUCGCACUUUCGUCUGACAAAUUCGCGGCUUUUAUUUGAUUUGACCAAAAUCUCGGAGUAAUCCAAAAACUUUCGAGCAGAAAGUUGACAACAACUGCUACCAAAAUGAGCCUGGACGAGGAAACCUACAUGGAGCAAGAGGAGGAUUGGGAUCGAAGCACCGUGCUCGAUCCCAUGUGGGAGAUCCAGCAGACGAAGACAUUCACAGCGUGGUGCAACUCUCAUCUUCGGAAGUCAGGAACGCAGAUCGAGCACAUCGACAAAGAUUUCUGCAACGGACUGAAGCUGAUCAAUCUACUGGAGGUCAUCUCGGGCGAGCGGCUGCCCAAGCCAGAAAAGGGCAAGAUGAGGGUGCACAAGAUCUCCAACGUGCAGAAGGCCCUGGAUUACAUCAUGAGUAAAGGAGUCAGGCUGGUCAGCAUUGGGGCGGAAGAAAUCGUGGACUGUAACUUGAAGAUGACCCUGGGUAUGAUCUGGACUAUCAUUCUGCGAUUUGCCAUCCAGGAUAUUUCUGUGGAAGCUCACACAGCCAAAGACGGACUUCUCUUGUGGUGCAAGCGCAAGACUGCUCCCUAUCGCAAUGUCAACGUCUCAAACUUCCACAUUAGCUGGAAAGACGGCCUGGCGUUCUGUGCCCUCAUCCACAGACAUCGCCCGGACCUCCUUGAUUACAACAGCCUCAGCAAGGAUGAUCCCAAGAAGAACCUGGAGCUUGCCUUUGAAGUGGCAGAGAAGUACCUGGACAUUCCCAAAAUGUUGGAUCCUGAGGAUAUUAUCAACACCGCUAAGCCUGAUGAGCGUUCCAUCAUGACCUAUGUCUCCUGCUACUACCAUGCAUUUGCAGGAGCUCAACAGGCAGAGAAUGCAGCCAACCGUCUGUGCAAAGUACUGAGAAUGAACCAAGACAAUGAGCGACUAAUGGAUGAGUAUGAUCGACUGGCCAGUGAUUUGUUGGAGUGGAUCAAGCGUAAGCGCCCAUGGCUUGAGGAUAGAACUCUGUCAGAAAACAGUCUGCCUGCUGUACAGGAUAAACUGGAUGAGUUCCGUAAUUAUCGCGGCAAAGAGAAGCCUCCUAAAACUGAGGAGAAAGGACAACUGGAGACUAACUACAACACCCUGCAAACCAAGCUGCGUCUGAGCAACAGACCUGCCUACAUCCCACAGGAAGGCAAAAUGGUCUCGGACAUUGCCAAAGCUUGGAAGGGUCUGGAGCAGUCCGAGCGUGGCUUUGAAGACUGGUUGCUAGCAGAAAUGAGAAGACUUGAGCGUCUGGAUCACUUGGCCAGGAAGUUCCGUCAUAAGUGUGAAAUCCACGAGGGAUGGGCUGAAGGCAAGGAGCCUGAUCUGGAGAACAAUGACUACUCUGGAAUCAAGCUCAACGAAAUCUAUGCCCUGAAGAAGAAACAUGAGGCAUUUGAGAGUGACCUGGCAGCCCAUCAAGAUCGUGUGGAACAGAUCGCAGCUAUUGCUCAAGAAAUGAAUCUCCUGGAGUACCAUGACAUAGGACCCAUCAACUCACGAUGCCAGACUAUCUGUGAUCAGUGGGACCGACUCGGUAAUCUCACCUCAGCCCGCCGGCAGACAUUGGAAACUAUACAAGAUCUUUUGCAGAGAGUAGACAGCCUGUUCCUAGACUUUGCCAAGAAAGCUGCGCCGUUCAACAACUGGAUGGAAGGAGCCAGCGAAGACUUGGUGGAUGUCUUCAGUGUGCAUACUGUGGAUGAGAUCAGAGGUCUGAUCCAACCGCAUGAAGAAUUCAAGGCCACGCUGAACGAUGCCCAGAGUGCCUUUGAUGAACUUGUGGAGAUUGGCAACAAGAUCAAGAAUCUGUUUGCUGAACACAACCUGGAUAUUGACAAGUCCAACCCGUACACUACACUCACUGUACAGGAUAUUGUCUCCAAAUGGCAAGAAGUACUGAAACUAGUUCCAGAGAGAGACCAGGCCCUGCAGUCUGAACUCCUGAAACAGGAAUCCAACGAGCGUCUACGCUACCAGUUUGCCAAGAAGGCCAACGUGGUCGGGCCAUGGAUCGAAGGGCAGACCAUGAAAGUGAACAAUCUGCACAUGGAGCGCGGCGCACUGGAAGAACAUCUUGCAAGUCUCCAGAGGAUCGAGAGGGAUGUUGUGGAUUACAAGGCUCACAUGGACGAGCUGGAGAUGUACAACCAAUCGGUUCAAGAAGCCAUGAUCUUUGAAAAUGAACACACCAAGUACACUAUGGAGACGAUCCGCGUUGGCUAUGAGCAGCUGGUGACGACAACAAGACGUCUCAUCAAUGAGUUGGAGAACCAGAUUUUGACCAGGGAUUCCAAGGGCAUUACAGAGGAGCAGUUCGAGAUUUUCAGGCAGUCCUUCAAUAUAUUUGACAAGAACCACUCUGGCAAGCUGGAUCCCAUGGAGUUCAAGUCCUGCCUGGUGUCCCUCAGUAUGGCCCCGCCCGAUGACAAGUCGGGACGAAACCCGGAGUUUGAUCGCAUCAUGCAGAGCGUGGAUCCCAACCAUGACGGCCACGUCACGUUUGAGGCCUUCCUGGAUUACAUGUCACGUGAGGCUACCGACACGGACACAUCAGAGCAGGUCAAGGGAUCAUUCAAAGUGCUCGCUGGCAAUAAGAACUACAUCACGAAAGAAGACUUGAUGCGGGAGCUUCCUCCAGACCAGGCUGAGUACUGCAUUGCAAGAAUGGCACCCUACCAAGGACCCGACGCUAUCCCUGGUGCCCUAGAUUACCUGUCCUUCUCAACAGCUUUGUAUGGCGAGAGUGAUCUGUGAGCAGGAUACCAACUAUCAUGUAGUCCAGCAGUUGAUUAUUUAGAUUUGUUAAGCAUACAAAAACAAAACAUUAAAAACAGAGAGAUAAAAAGGUGAAUUCAUGGUACUUUUUAGUUGGUAACCAACAAAACUAGUCUUGUAGCAAAAGAGUGUAUAUUGGUUUUCUUAUUCAGAAUAUAUGCAUUGAUGAUAGCACCAAGCAAAUCUGUUCUUAAAUCUAGGUGAUUGUAGGUUUAGCCUUUCGUUGAACAGUUUAAGCGAAACCGAUAAAACUUAAAAAAACAAAACAAAAAUAUUGAAAUA